GCUCAAUCGCAUUAUGACCGCCGUGGACGAUAAACGAGCACCGUGCCUCUUUAUUUCUCAUGGCACAGGCCCCUUCCCCCUGUUGGAUCCUGAACAACAAGCGUUCAGGGAAAUGUUACGGAAGCACGGCAGUAAACUUGACGGUGUCAAAGGCAUUUUGUUUUUCUCCGCUCAUUGGGAAACCAAGCAACCACAUAUAACCAUGGGCGAUGAGCCUGGUCUAUAUUAUGACUAUGAAGACCAAAGAGCCGUGCUCCCAAAAGAAGCUUUUGAGUUUCAGUAUGCUGCAAAGGGUGACUCGCAACUAGCAAUACAGAUUGCAGCACAGUUACGACACAGAGGCUUCAAACCAGUCUUGGAGAGUCGAGGCUUUGACCAUGCCGUUUACGUCCCAAUGAUCCUAAUGAGGCCUCAGGCAGACAUUCCUAUUGUGCAGAUGUCUGUUCUACGUGGGGAGACCGACAUUGAGUCCACGGAACUAAACAUUCAAUUGGGACAAGCCGUAGAGUCCUUUCGAGAUCGGGGAUAUGCGGUUAUUGGAAGCGGAGGGUCGUACCACGACUUUCAGGCUAUUGCGAAAGCCUAUUUCGAAAAUAAAAUUGUCCCUGCUGGAUCUUCUGCAUUCGAAGAUUUCCUAGAAUCAGCCGCCUCCAUUCAAGAUCCAAAAGCAAGAGCGAAGGCCUUGCUGGGUUGGCGAUCUCAUGCUAGCAGCUACCUGGCCCAUGUGGAGGGUUCGUCAGAACAUCUCAUGCCAUUUAUGGUUGCCGCUGGAAGCGGUGGGGGGCAUGGAGGAGUUAAAUUUGACAUGUAUACGUACAAGGGUGCGACCAUGAGUCAAUAUAUUUGGUAAUGAAGUUUAGAUACUCAGCUUUUGAAGAAAAACAAUAUGCC